UGCACACAAGAAAAUGUGUCUUGCGUAGGCCAUAUUAUAUAUAUAUAGUAAUAACGAGAUGUGGACGUGAGUAAUGAUUCCAGUAGUUUUAUGCUCCAAUACUAUUUCCCUCGCUCACUGAUGAUUAAAAGGAAUUUAAAAACACAAACGUAUUGUUGCCAAAUAUCGCAGAGGACGUUAUAAUGAGAUCCUGUUUUUCUGGCAAAUGUGCGUUUAUUUUUUUAGCGCUCAGUUAUUUGAAACAAAUAACGCCUUUGUCCGGAACAGUAUCACAGACUGGAGACGGGUUUUUUAAAGUGUUCCAAAAUAGUACCAUCCUAAAAGAAGAAAGAGUGAAGAAUUUUAAGUCAAAGAAACAUAGAGCACACAUGGUCUCUAAAAGGGCCACAGUUGCAGGCAAAGCACGUGAAAAUGACUUGGAACGACAGUCGAGACCGCAGAAACGUCACAUUGGACGCAAUUUGAAAUAUAGGUAUCGUAAAAGAUACAGAAAUAACCACGAGGAAAAAGUUAAUCCAUAUUCAACCAGAAUUUCCCACAAUACCCAAAGGCUUCGACAUAACUUUCAAAAGACAUUUAUUUCAAAAAAAUUAAAAAAUAAUAGAAAAACAAAAAUAAAAAACUUGUUUAAAGAAAGAAGUUCAAGAAAGAAAAUUUCAAUGAGUUUCCCACGAGGAAAAAAGCAAGAAAAGCUGUUUCGAAAAGUGUUGGACCACUCCAAAUCAAUUGGCGCGUACAUGGGAUAUAAAAAUAGAUUGAAAAGUCAUCACCUACUAACACACAGCAUUGUCCACUCGGCGCAAAGAUUUCGACUUUUAAAACUGAAAGGAGGGACGAAUCAUGAACACAGUCGUCAGAAUGGGCCGAACAGACUAGACCACAAAGGUAUACAUAGCGAAUUUGCAAGAAGAGGACCUAAAGAAAACAAUAAGCAUCAUUUUUUGCCAGUUGGACGGAAAAAACGUAAAAACCAUUUUGAGAGAGGUUUUACAACUCCAUUGAAACAUCGUGCCAAAAUGCGAUUUGCCAACCAUAAGACAAUAAUAAACCGCAAGAAAAUUUUCCGCAAAAGUAGGAAAAAAGUAGAUUUAAAAAUAUCAAAACCCAACAAAAUAAAUAAGAGAAGAAAACACAUAAAACAAAGAUGUCACCAAAAUUGUCCUGGCCGAAAUUCUAAAGCGAAUAAACGCCAGAAGAAAUGGUCUUUCAUCCAGGGGGACCACGUGGUAUCUAGAAGUAAGAAGGGCAAAAGGUACCCAUUUUGGCAUAAGUGGCUGAGAUUUACUUUGUCAAGAAAAUACAGCAAAAAGAGGCAUUUAAGAUGCCGUCUACCUGGAGAUUUGUGCAAGAAUUUGCGUAAUAGACACGGAGAUAUAAAUACCAGAAACAAGAUUUAUAACAAAAAGAAUGAACACGUUAAGAAAACAAGCCGAAAAAAGGACAUAAGUACACAAAAAGACGAGCACGGAUUAUUUAAAACUAUGGUAAGAGACAUUGCAAAAAACCAACACCGAAACUCGGACAAAAAACCAAGUAAACAUAGAAUUAAAAGUAAGAAUCUAUUAAAAAAUGAAAAUAAAGGUACGAAAUCGUUUCAUCACAGAAAUCAUGGACGGUUUCAGCAUUCUGAAAAAGUGGACGAUAAUCACGGUCAUGUUUACUGCGAACAUAGUAAGAAGAUUAUUAGAAAAAUGAUUUAUCAAAUGAAUAAAGCACUACGAAGAUCCAUGAUACUUGCUAAAAUUAUUGGGAAAAAAUUUGGAAUCGACGAUAAGACGAUUGAGGCAUUAUUAAUAAAAGAAGAGGAUAAAAUAUCGAGAAAUUUUAUCAACGUUAAAAAGAAACAUUAAAAGGGCAAAUAUAAGGAGAAGGCAGCAACAACUGUAAAAAUUCGAUUCCCUUGACAAGAAAAGAAAUGCCUCGUCAUGGUUGAUAAUACUCGAUUAAGCAACCAAUUUAUUUAAUUUACCACAAUUGAAACAGAGAAAAAGUGUAUGUGCAAGGAGUUUUAUGGUGUUAAGGUACUCGUGAUGCCAAAGGAUUAAGCUUUCUUAUUCAUUUAGAGGCAUGUUUAUUCAUUUUUUAAAAGAUAUUAAAGUUGGUGGGAUAAAUAAUAACCAAUACAAUUUUUUUCACGCAAAUACAUAAGAAUACAUAUGGGAAGCUUUUAUUUUCAUGUGUAACUUCAUGAGUUCACUACUGUAGCUGUACUAAAAGCAAUGUUUAUCAACUA